AUGAUGUGGUUAAUAAUAGUGCACCGUUGUGAAUCGUCAACGUUACAUACUACUGGCGAGAAUAAUAGUGGUGCAUCAGGUGCUUCAGGUGGAGUGACUAGUGAAGUGAUAUCAGAAAACAUUGUAUUAAUGACUGACGUGCCGGUCGUGACGGAUUCAGUGACACAAUCGGUACCGAUAGCGACUCCAGAGGCGCCAACGGAACCACUUCCUGCUGCUGCUGCUGCUGCUGCUGCUUCUGCUGCUGCGACAGCAGACACAGAUAAAGAAACUACUGCGAAGUCUAUAUUGCCUAUUGGCACCGAUGAACAAAACUGUACAACUGAUACGUCGGUGUUAAACGAUAAGAAGCUAAAGCAAAAAGAUGCAGCAGCAACUUCAGAUGAUGAGCACCAGGAUAAGGCGGGAACAGGUAAUGUAGAGACUUGUUUCAUCUGCAAAAUGGAUUCAAAUCAGGCGCGCACACUGGCCAAGUCUCAUGCGCAACAGUAUGGUCUCACCGAAGAUAUGGUGCCCCAGGGUGCGCGUGUGUGCAAUACUUGCCGGUGUAAAUACGUCAGAUCGCGGUCCACUGUGUGCCCCUUGCCGACUUGUCCGAACAGCAAGGACCGCGUCAAGCGUUUACGAAGCCUUCCGAAGCGAUGGAUGGAGCUGACGCAAGACUUGCGAGAACCGAUAAUGAAAGAAUUUAAAAUUCCAUCGGCGAAUACGAAAUGCUGUUCUGCGUGCUACAAUCGGAUAACAAGGCGUGUUCUUGGUCUGCAUUUACAAGAGGAUAUUUCAGAUCCAUCUCAACGACUGACUGACGAAGAAAUAGCUUGUUUCAAAAGAUUACUAAGCGAACAUGGCUGUCAAUGGCAAACCAUCGCAGAAGCGUUAUCGAAAACAAUCUAUCAAAUUAAGAAUUUUUAUUUCAACUAUCGAAAAAAACAUGGUCUGGAGGAGCUAAUAACAGAGUACAAUAGAAAAAAUGGCGUAGAUAUAAAACCUGUGCUCACAGAUGAAGAAGAAAGCGGUAGCACGACAUCUUCUUGUGAUGAAAAAGAUAAUGCAGCUAGUGACACAGCAUCAGCGGCCAGUCCUCAUUGUAAUACGUCUUUGAUAGGUCUUAGAGAUGGCGAAGAAUUGAUUUCAAGGCCUAGAAGUCAAAGUGAUGAUAAGUCUUUAAUAUCCUCGAUUCCCACUGCUUCUGGAAUGCCGACACCGACGGUUCCUGUUGCUAAAAUCACAAGUAAGGACGAAUAUGAUAGUUCGGCAACGGAAACAGCCGAUGAAGAGAAUGAAUCGCCCACUACAAGAAAUAGUCCCAAGGCAUUACUUCAGCCGGCAUAUCAAACUGGUCAACCGACAGCACAACAAGCAACAAUAACUGUAGUGACAAACCAGAACGGCCCUCCUGUUAUAAAUCAGCCAUCGCGACUGGACUCGAUGGGGGACGUUAUGUUAAACGUUAUAGAGCAAAUGGUGAAAAACAAUGGAUCGGCUACUCAAAAAACUGGCAGCGCCGCUCUCAUAACAAAAGCAAAUACCGAUAAUCCGUGCAUUCGAGAUUAUCGAAUGGGAGAAUCCACCGUUAAUAUACCCGUCAGUUGCAAUAAUAAUAUACCACAAAACUCGCUAGCAACACUUUCUGUAGUUAACUCACAUGGGCGCACUCUGCAUAGGCUUCCAGCUCAGCAAAUUUUGUCUUCACCCCAAAUUGCUGCUACCAUUACUCCAGUUCAGUCCGCAUCUGCGAGCGUGCCUAAAACAGAACUAUCAAAGGAAGUGCUUGUUGUUUUAAGAAGUGAACCUGAACCAGAAACAUUAGAUUUGAGCAUUAAAAAAAGUCGUGACAAUUCGAAUUUUUUACAUCAGAGUCUGCCACCGCCUGCUCAUAGCAAAACUAGCAUACAUAACAGUUCGACUGGACUUUCGAUAAGUUCUGCGAGCAUAACCUAUAGGCCCAGUGGGGAAUCGGCAUACGCUGGUUAUCACCAUGAAUCCGGUAGAAUAUCUAAAUCACCCUCAGUUUUUGUAUCGGCGGCACCACAGCCGCAUGGGUUGGUGGUACAGCGCCCGAGUAUAUCGACAUCUCAAUCUGGUUCAAAAAUUUCCAUCAAGCAUAAUGCAAUGAAGCCUUGUACGAAAGUACCGCAUAGUCAAACGAAACCAGGCUCCAUAACACAUGGUACGCCGAUGAAUCCAAUGCAAGGAUCCGUCGUUGUGAAUACUCCGGCGAGUCCGCGUUAUGAUAACUUGCAACGUCAGACUCAAAUUGAUAGUACCAAGAGCGUUGGUUCCAUCACGCAAGGGACUCCUGUGCAUCUUCCUCCACAUCAUUUGCAAGAGAAGCGUAUGUACGAUUAUUACAAUAAAAGGCAAAGUCCAGCACAAUUAUCAAUACCAGGCAAUUUACAAAUCUCAAGUCAAAGUCCAAGUAAUUUUCCUCCUUAUGCCAUUCAAAGUAAUAAUAAUGUACCAUCAGGUUUUACCUCAUCAUUCACUAGACCGCCUACGUAUAAUAUAGAACAACAAUUGAGUUCACGACAAAUAAUUAUAACGGAUUAUAUUACUUCGCAACAAAUGCAUGGACAAGGCCGAAGGACAAUAGAAAAAGAGCCCGUGAGCCGCGGUCCCAUAAUGAGCUCGCCGGCCUCAAUGUAUUACGGCGAUAAAGAUCGUAAUACAAGGCAAGAAUAUCUCAGUCGGGCCUCGCCUGCGGAAAUAGUCAAUAGUGCUCCGAGUCCGCACCACACUCCUCCGCCUCCACCUCAACGGCAGGGCGUGAUACAGCGGCAUAACGCUCACACUGGCCAACCUCACAAUAGCAGCAAACCUACCAGCCCUGCAGCUCCUAAUAAAUUACACCACAUGACCACACCGAUGCAUCAGUAUCCGCCACCAGGUCAUGAAGCAUUUUCAUCCUUGGUUGAUGUAGCUGUUCAACAACCUUCAUUACCAGUUCCACACAAAGAUGAAAAAAGAUCUGAAAUUCUAACACCACCUACUUCAAGUCAUCAUGACAUUAGAUAUCAGCAGGAUAGAAUUGCUAGGGAUCGAGAUUUGCAGCAUCUUCAUAUGCAACAGUUUCAGCAGCAGCAGCAAUUGCAACGCCAACAGCACACUGUACGAUUAGUAGAGUUGGAUAUGCAUCGUCGCCAACAACACCAACAACAGCAGCAACAAACAUCUAUUUCACAACAGCACAAUUAUCGUAGCCCGCAGCAGCAACAGCAGCAUGAGCGCGAGCAGUACUAUAUCCACAGAAGUAAUUUGGAACGACAGCAGCAACUUGAAAGUGAAAGAUUGAGGCAGCAGCAGAUUCAUAACGAGAAGGAAAUUGAGCGUGGAAACAUUGAGAAGAUUAUGGAGAACGAGCGAAGUCGAGAUUUAGAUCGAGAGGAGCGAUUGCGCAGAGAACGUGAAACUACCAGGUUAUUAGUUGGCUGUAUACCUAGAGAUACGCCAAAUGCGAGGUUACAUGAUCGUAAGGAGCGACAAGUUGCUGCUGACAGAGGACCACUGCCAGCUCAGAGAUCAUCCUCGCCAGAGCAAUUGACUGCUGCAAAAUUAAUUGAUGCUAUUAUAACUCACCAAAUUAAUCAGACCUCAGACGAUAGCCCCGCACCACCAACAAGGGAUGGAAGGCCAAAUUUCAUCAAUGCUUUUCAUCGAGAGCAUCCUCAAGUUGAAAAUAAUGGAAAAUCACAUUCACCAAAUGUUUUAAAUGUUGAAAUUGAUAAUAUUGAUCAUCAACAACAUCAAAACAGGCCUAACUCAAAUUUAUCACAAAAAAAUAUGACUUUGGGUGAUCUAACCGAUUCAAUUAUAACGAGUGAUUUUAACAAUCCUGGAUACGGUCAUUCUAUCUCAAUGAGAUCUAGUUAUGGUUUAGCACACAAUCAAGACGCCGUUGCCAGUUCCGAUCAAUGGAAGUAUAGGAGGUCGAUUCAUCCGAAGGAUAUUGCAGAUCGCGAUAGAGGUUCAAGAAGUAAUGUUUCCGAUGAACGGCAAAUUAUCCGAAUUGCUAAACCUCCAAGCCCUAGAAGUACUAAACAAAACCAACAUGUAUCUGGACCUGGAUUUCACGAACCAAUAAAUAUGCAUAGCAAUGAUAGAUUUUAUGUUGAUAGGUCGCCUAUUCCUUCUUCAAAAUUUAAGCAACCUGCCAAACAUCUUUCAGCUUUCGAUUAUGUAACAAAUCGCAUUGUAGAAGUGAUGAGAACGGAAGAUGAUAACAAGAGGUCUAAUAUUGAAGAAUCCACAGCUGAGCACCACGAGGGCGACAAAAGUGAAAUGAAAGAGAACGAUCGCAGUUGUUCACCUGGAGAAAUGGUAAUUGAUGAAACUACUGAUUCAUUAGCAAAGAUGGAUACAAUUAGUACCAGUCAAGCGUCAGUUCAAGUCAUCACAACAUACCCAUCUGCCUAUAAUUAUCCAUAUAGUGCGCUUAAUGUGUCCGAUCAAGUGACUCAGCAAGUUUCAAUAUCUGUGAAUGUCGAUAAUGCACAGCCAAAACCUCUGAUGUCUGCUCAAUAUGAGCCCCUAAGUGAUGAAGACUAA